AAUGUUUUAAUUUUAUGUUUUGAGUUUUUCCAAGUGUUAUUUGUGAUUGUGAAUAUUUUUCCAAAUGAUUAAUACCCAUUGUUUUAAUAUUACUAAAUAUUUCGCAUUUGUACUUUUAAUAAAAGUAGUUAUAAGUGACCUAACCUAUACACAGAAUGUCUGACGACGAGGUGAUACGUUUCGAGAUAACAGAUUACGAUCUGGACAAUGAAUUUAAUCCAAACAGGCAGAGAAAAGCUAAAAAAGAACAUCAGAUUUAUGGUGUUUGGGCAAAAGACAGUGAUGAAGAAGAUAAUGAAGACAAUAUCAGGCAAAGGACUCGGAAACAAAAAGACUUUACAGCACCAAUUGGGUUUGUGGCUGGUGGGGUACAGCAAGCGGGAAAAAAGAAAGAUCCAAAUAAAGAAAUUGAACCAAAGGAAGCUUCAACAUCCAGACCUACGAUAGUAGAUAGUUCUGAUGAAGAAGUGAAUGAUGAACCAUUACCUACUGAAACUGCUGGUAUUCGCAGACAGGGUCAAGGUUUGAAGCCAGCCAACCUUGGUGGCAGUGUCGGGGCAUGGGAGAAACAUACUAAAGGCAUUGGUGCUAAAUUAUUGUUACAGAUGGGUUAUCAACCAGGUAAAGGCCUUGGUAAAGCACUCCAAGGUAUAUCUGCACCUGUGGAAGCCACUGUGAGGAAAGGCCGAGGUGCUAUUGGUGCUUAUGGACCUGAAAAAUCAACUCAAAAAGCUAAAAAAGAAGAGGAAAAGCGGCUCAAGGACAAGGAAGACCAGGAGAAGGGGAGCUCGGAGAAGAAUUACAACUGGAAGAAAUCUCACAAGGGGCGGUACUUCUACCGAGAUGCAGCGGAUGUCAUACAAGAGGGUAAACCCACGAUGCAUACUAUUGGCAGUAGUUCGCUAGCGCGCGUGCCAGUGAUAGACAUGACUGGCAAGCAGAAGCGAGUACUGUCGGGGUACCACGCGCUGGCGGCCGCCGCGCCGCGCUACGAGCACGAGCCGCGCCGGCAGCUCAGGCACUUCUCAGCGCCACAGCUCACACACAACCUGCAGCUAGUCGUCGACAGCUGCGAACAGGACAUCAUUCAAAACGCUCGUGAACUCCAGGCAGCAGAAGAUGAAAUUGUAGUUCUAGAACGAGACUUAGAAGAAUGCAACAUGAAGCUGCAAGAACAGGAUGUAGUGAUAGACAAAGUGCAAGCUAUCACCCAGAGGAUAGAAGAGUUGAACAAACCUGAUCUGUCGCUGGAGAAGUCCUAUGAAGUUCUAGAAGAUUUGAUGGAAACAUAUCCUUUGGAGUAUGAGAUGUUCGGUCUGGGCACGAUCGGGGGCACGAUAGUGAGUCCGCUGCUGAGCGCGCUGCUGGCGCAGUGGGAGCCGCUGCAGAGCCCCGACGAGCCGUUGCCCGUCUUCCUCAAGUGGAGGAAACUGCUCACGGAGCCCGCCUACAAUAGUCUCCUCUGGCAACAUUUUAUACCUAGGAUCACGGCUGCAGCCGAGACGUGGAACCCGCGGCGGGGAGGCGCGAUGCUGCGCGUGCUGGAGCGCUGGGCGGCGGCGUGCCCGCAGUGGGUGGUGCGGCAGUGCGCGGCGCGCGCGGUGGUGCCGCGCCUGCUGGCCGCCGUACGCGCCUGGGACCCCACCCGCGACACGCAGCCGCUGCACCACUGGCUGCUGCCCUGGCACCAGCUCGCCGGCCAUGAGUUAAGUAUAAGCACGUACCCGCUGGUGCGGUCGCGGCUGGCGGGCGCGCUGGCGGCCUGGCACCCGGCCGACGGCUCCGCGCGCGAGCUGCUGAGCGCGUGGCGCGGCGCCUGGGGCGAAGCCCUGCGCCCGCUGCUGCAGCUGCACGUGCUGCCCAAGCUGGAACACUGCCUGCUGCACGCGCCGGUAGACCUCGUCGGCAGGGAGAACAACGCGUGGUCGUGGUGCGUGCAGUGGACGGAGGUGGCGGGCGCGGCGGAGGUGGCGGCGCUGGCGGCGCGCGCGCUGCUGCCGCGCUGGCUGGCCGCGCUCGCCGCCUGGCUCAACACCGCGCCCCCGCACGCCACCGUGCUCAACUCAUACACCAACUUCAAGAAAACAUUUCCCGAGGAGGUUUUAAAAGAGCCACCUGUCCGUGAGGCUUUCCGUAAAGCGUUAGACAUGAUGAACAGGAGUACGGACAUCGACAGCGUAGAGCCUCCCCCUCCCCCGCGCUUCACUCUUCCAGAUAACAAAGAAGGCUCCAAAAUCAAUGAAAUAUUAGCCGUUACUAACCCUCAUAAGAGUUUCUCAGAACUCCUGGAGACCAGAUGUAUAGAAAAAGGGAUAACUUUCGUACCAAUUCCGGGGAAAACCAGAGAAGGGAGACCUCUAUAUAAGAUUGGAAUGCUGCAGUGUUAUGUAAUAAGAAAUGUUAUUAUGUAUUCAGAAGACGGAGGAAGGAAUUUCUUACCGAUCGGUAUGGAUCGGUUAUUAAAUAUGGUUGAAGAAUAAUUAAUUGCAAUAAAGAUAUCGAUUUAUA